AUGAAAAAUAAAUCUCUUACAUCUGAUAUUAUUCUUUUUGAAACAAAUGAACAUAUUGGAAAUCCACAAGAAGCUGAUCCAUUGAUGCGUCUUCAAAAAGAUCUUGAUGAUACAAAAGAUAUUCUUAAAAGUACAUUAGUUAAUGUACUUGAACGUGGUGAAAAAAUUGAUGAUUUAGUUGCACGGUCAAGUGAUUUAAGUUUCGAGGCAAAAGCAUUUUAUAAAACGGCAAGAAAAACAAAUCGAUGUUGCACAUUAUUCUAA